CGUUUGAAGUUACGAUAUGGCGGCUAUGGAAAAUGGCCUCCAAAUCUGAAACCGUAAGGAUAACAUACAAAGAACUGGAAUCCUCUGUGCAAGAUAAAGACAGACUAAAUCGAAAUUCUGACAGAAGCAAUAACGAUGAGAUUAAAAAAAAGAAAAAUAAGAGGCCAACCCAAGGUAUAUACCAACCCCCGAGAAGAUCUCCGAAAGUUUUAGAAGCAGGCCGAGUUCCGGAGGGUGAGAGCUGGGAAGGGGAUGAAUUUCCUAGUUCAGACAGCAAGGAGACUAGUUCAGAGAGAGAGAUUGAUGAUGUAAGUUCAAACAUAAGAAACCUAAAUCUUGGCAAAGAGAAAAAUGAACAAAAGAAACAGAGAUCCAAAAAGCCAGAAAUUCAGAGAUAUGUUCCAAAAGGGAAGAUACUGGAACAGCAAACAAAAGAGGAUGACACAUCAGAAACCGAACCAGCCCAAAAUGUUUCUCCACGAAAAAUUGAUCUAAAGAAAGACCAGCAAGAGUUAAAAGUAACAGUUGUAAAUGAAGGGGUGCCCCCAAGUGGUCAGUUGAAUGCGGGUGGAAAGACUGAGGCCAAGGAACCCCCAAGCCCUCAUAAUCCACUGGACAGGUCAAUAUCAAAGGGGGAGUCUCCAAGAUAUCAGUCCAAAUCUGAUUCUCUAAAUCAGUUCAGGGGCAGUCAGCAGCCAAAUAAACCAAAACAUCAAAAAGAUUUUGAAAAUAAACCAAGGAGUGGACGAAAUGUAGAGGAGAGAAGAUUUGGGGGGAGUGAAAGUGAAUAUAGGAGAGGGAAACAGCAGGGAAGUAAGGUACCUGAUAGACGGAACCGUGAGGAGGAAUUCAAGAGGGGGGAGGGGAGGAAAGGGGAGCAUGGCAGACCAAGAGAUGGAAGAAGAUCUGGCUGGCAAGAAGAGGAGCCUAAACCACAAAGACAGCCCAAGGAAAGGAGAGACAGAGGGGCAGAAACCAGCAAAGGGAACCAGCAAAGAGUGCAGAAUACAGAAAGUGAAGAAGGUAUACAAAGUGUCAUACCAACAAUGGUGUUUGAGAGGAAAAAUGGGAACAGUUCUGAGGUGGAUAGCUCUAAACAAGUCCAGAAUGCAGCAAGUGUUAGCAGUGGAAAUGGCAAGCCAGGAUCUAAAAGAUAUUCACUGUCAGCCAUGAGGCGUCCUAGGGCCGGCAGUAUCAGCAGUGAUGUGAGCAAUACAAGUGAUCUCAGCAUGGACGAAGAGACCACAAAUAGAAUUCUGGACUGGAGUGAAGAGGUGGAGAGGGAAAUGGCAGAAAAUGUUCAUGAUGAAACAAGAAAACUGCAGGAAUAUCUGGAUCAAAAGGGUGGAUUCAAUGACUGGGAUGGGGCCAUAGAAACAGUGGACAAAGCCAGGCAAGCUCUGGAGAGAGGUCAACAAUCACAGAGAAGUAUGGAGGAGGAAAGGAACUUUGGAAAGCAAGGAGGCAGGUCAUAUGGAAAUGUCAAAAAUGUUAAGAAUGACAAGAAUUUAAAUGCUGGUCAUAAGGAAUUUGAAAAUGGUUUCAGACAGAGAAGGAACAGUGAUGGAGCUAGAAGUCGAAGAAAAGACAACCGUAGAAAGGGCUCCAGUACUGGAAGGCGGAGUCGUGAUUCUAGUGUGUCUAGUGCUCACAGCGUCAGGAGCUACCACACGGAGGAUGAUGUGUACGGCACAGACACCUGGCCCCGGAGACGGAAUCGUAGGAGAGGGAGUAACGCCAGUGUCAAGGAAUCUCGCAGCAAGGAAGUUCUGAAUGAUCCAGCCAGUCUCAAUCUGAAGGUCACAUUCGCAAGAGAUGACAAAAGACAAGUUAUGAUGAAAGACAGAGAAAGUCCUAAAGGAAGAGGAAGGGGUAGAGGAAGAGGACAUAGAGAGAACAGGGAUGAAUCAAACGUUGGGAGACAUUCAGAGGAUUAUCGUAGAGGAUUUGAAAAUGAAAAACAGGGAAGGUAUAAUGAUAAAUCUGCUGGGAGUGAACGUCAGCGAAAAUUCUCAGGGGACCAGAGAGAUUGGCAUGGACAGUAUGAGACAAAGGGAGGGAGAGAAUAUGGCCGACGUUAUGAACAUAGAAACUUUGGAGGUCAUCAAGUAGAUCAUGAGGAAAAGAAAAGCCCCGAAAGCCCUGCCCACGGUGGAGGAAUAAUAAAACUCCCAGCCAAUACCGAUACAUCAGAAAACCACUCUCAGGGCCAUAUCAAUUGGCAUCAUGGAGAAUUUCAUACCAUGGGCCACAGAGGAGAAAGAAACAGGAAUAGCCAUAGGGAUACGCAUGCCCAUGGCAGCCCAGGUCAAAGAAUGUUGUUUGAUCCCAAGAAUCCUGAGAAGAUGAUAAUGGUGCCCACCCCCACAUCUUCUACAUCUGGAUCCCAGCUCAAGUUCAAGGACCCCUCUGGUCAGGAAUCCCCCCAGUCUCCCCCUACACAGCAGCACCCCCUGAUGCCCCCACCUGGAGGUUUCCCACCGAUGCCACCCCAGUACAGAGGCUACCCCCCGUUUUAUGCAGGCUAUGAUCCUCGCUAUCAGGAUCCUAUGUAUGGGGGACCGGCUAUGCCUGGUCCUUCCAUGCCAGGAUACUACUAUGGAUACCCGGCUAUGUACAGAGAUAAUCCCAUGUUAAGAGAAGAUGGUACAGAGUUUUCAGGGGAUGGUGAAUUAGACCCUAUGUAUGCAGGUCGAUCCAGGGCUCAGUGUAGGAUGAUGGCGGAGCAUCUGUUCCAGGAGGCGUGUCACAUGGACUCCCAGAUGACAAACCUUGUGUCUAGGAGACAGUCUACUGAGUCAAUGCAGCAUGUUUACAGAUUAAGACAGGAACUGCAGCAGAAGUUGGAGCAGAUUAUCCUGCUGGAUGUGGAGGUGGCCAGUAAACACAAUGUGGAACAGCUGUUGUGGAAGUCCGUGUAUUACCAGGUCAUAGAGAUGUUCCGCAGGCAGCUAGCCGAGGACAAGGAAGACAAAAACAUCAAAACCGAACUCUCCAAAAUCCUGGAUGAGGGGACAACCUUCUUUGACAAACUCCUCCAGAAACUGCAGCAGAAGUACGGGUUUGACGUUGAGGAUUACCUGGACUCGAGUCUAACUGUUCAAGAGAAUCAGAGUAGAAAUGUUAAGCUGGCCGUCCUCAGUAUACAGAGACUGAUGAUCAACCUCGGAGACAUCGCUCGCUACAGGGAACAAAUGAAUCACACCGGCAAGGUCAACUACGGGCGCGCCAGAAGUUGGUAUACCAAAGCGCAACAACUGGCUCCAAAGAAUGGUCGACCCUACAACCAGUUAGCAAUUCUGGGAUUGUACACAAGGAGGAAGUUAGAUGCGGUUUAUUACUACAUGAGAAGUCUGGCAGCCAGUAACCCCUUCCUUACUGCAAGGGAAGGACUCCUCAAUCUGUUUGACGAGGCAAGGAAAAAGGCCCUGGCUGUUGAGCAGAAGAAGGAGGAAGAGAGAGAGAAGCUGAAGAAGCUGGCCCCCCAGAAGCCUCACCACGGACAGAGGAUCGAGAUCUGGGUGUCGCCGGACGGGACGAGCUCCGAGGGGAAGACGGAGGUCGGAGGGGAGGAGGACCUGGACAAGCUGGAGGCUGUGGAGCUGAACAAGAGAUUUAACCUGAGCUUCCUUAAUGUUCAUGGAAAGCUGUUUACAAAAGUUGGACGCGAGUCAUUUCCAGAGUGUUGUGGGCAGAUGUUAAAGGAAUUCCAGGCCUUAUUGAGAUACGGAGCCUUGCCACCAAGCCGACUCAUUCAACUCAUGGCCAUCAACAUGUUCGCAAUAGAAAAUACAGCUUUGAAAGAUUUAUCGAUGGCGGAGGACUUCCGCUCAGAGCUCCAGGAGCACGCGGUACAGCUGGGUCUGGACAUGUUUGGUAUCUUGCUGGACUGCUGUGCCCAGGAGCUGACCAAACAUCUGGCCUCCUCGGACUACCCCAGUCACAUGUUCAGUAGCGAGCUGGAGGAACUGAUCCCAGGGGUCAAGAAGUGGACAGACUGGAUGUUAGCCAACCUCAAACUGUGGAACCCACCCCCCUCUCUCAGAGACACCACACUGGGACCUGGUGUGGACGUUUGGAAAGUAACUGCCAAGUUUGCCAACAUUUUAAAAGAUGUAGACAUCAGUCAUGUCAAGUUAUAUGAAGAUAAAAUUGAAGGAUGUGAAUCUGUUGUUUUAUUUGAGGACACCAUGUUGUCUGGGUUUGUUCCCCUCAUGAGUGCCCCAAUCAAAGUGGCCUAUGUUCACAGUACUGUAGACAAGGACAUCGCUCGGGACUGUCUGAGGAUACAGGUGUUACAGGAGUUUGCUGAUUACCUGUGUGGAGUGGAGCCCCCCAUGUUAGAAUAUGACGUAGUGAAGAAGGAAUACUACUCAGUGGCGCCCUCUACUGACUACAGCGAGGCUCCCCAUGGGGACCUACCCUCAGAUUCAGAUGAGGAAGCUGAUGUAAUCAUUGAGAGUGAGGAGGAGGUCGCUGAGGGGAUGGAGGGAGAUGAACAUGUCCGACUGCUGAGACAGAAGAAGGAGGAACUCAGGAAAAAGAAGGAACAGCAGCUCAAAGACAAGGAAAAUAUACAGAAACUGAUAGAGAAGGACAGACACCGGUGUAUAGAGUUGGAGAUCCACCCCAUUUUCUUGAUUCCGGACACCAACUGUUUUAUUGAACACUUUUCAAGCCUAAAACAGCUCAUUCAGCUGAAGAAGUUUACUGUGGUAGUGCCUUUAAUAGUUAUUAAUGAGUUGGACGGAUUAGCCAAAGGUAGCAAGGAGGGACAAUACGACUCAGCGGAUCAGGCCGUGAAGGUCGCCGAGAGGUCAAAACAAAUGGUGGAAUUCCUAGAGGAGGAGUUUGACAAAAAGAACUCACACCUGAAAGCCCUGACCUCUAAAGGGAACGUACUGGAGACCAUCUCAUUCCGAAGUGAGGAGGGGGAUAGUAGCGGGGGAAAUAAUGAUGACAUCAUCCUGUCCUGCUGUUUACACUACUGUAAAGACAAAGCCAGAGAGUUCAUGCCAAAGGAGAAAGAUGCCCCCGUGAGGUUGUACAGAGAAGUGGUGUUGUUGACGGACGACAGAAAUCUACGACUGAAGGCUCACACCUGUAACGUACCUGUCAAAGAUGUCCUGUCGUUCCUCAAGUGGAGUAAGAUCACCUGAACUGACCCGUGAGAUGAUGGCAUCAGUUCUCCUAGGACCCGGGCCUCUGGAAUGCCAGCCUAGUGUGUCAGCUAAUGGCGCUUGGCUCAUGUCCUUUAUCUAGUGUGAACAAUUUGUCUGUUUGGCUUGUGUUAAUUAUCACAAUGGCCCGUACAAGAUAACCAAAUAAUUUCAAGGAUACUACUUGUAAUACUGAAUGGAAAUUUCUACUUUUAGCUUAACCCACACAGAUUUCAGGAGUACGUCAGAAGAGUGGUGUUUUCUACUGUUGUGUAGAUAAAUUAUCUUUAGCUCUAGUGAGUAAUGGAGGAGAUUUUUCCUUCGUGUAUUUAUAAACUGUGACUUUUUGAACUGAUGGGACAGUGAGUGUUUGGACUGCAUUGACAGUGAGUUUUAUAUUAACCUUUUUAACCCUGAUAAUUGUGAAAUUUGUGAUAUUGUCAGUUACAUGUUGCACUUGUUCUGCAACAUUCAUUGACAUUUAUGGAGUUUCUCAAAGUUCUUAAUUCUGAGAGGAGGAAAAAUUCAUGAUCUGGGAAUCACCAAAGAAAGAAGUAAAUGUUUGAAAAAACAGUUCUGGUGUGAAAUAUUAUUAUGGCAGUUACAGAAUGACAACUUAGGAUAAUAUUCUAAUGAAAGAAGCAGCAGCUUUAAACCUUUUUACUGUUUUAUGGAGUUAUACAGCUUUAAAUGGUAGAAUUCUUUUCCUGAACCCCCAAGCAAACUUGUGAAGACUUUUAGUUAUACAUGUAGUUUCUUGUUAGAGAAGUUGUAAAUGUAUAAUUUGAAAACAUAUACCUAUGUUUGUACAACAUGAACAAGCUUUAGAACCUGCUUGUUAGUCAAGAUCAAAGACCUGAACACAGUUAUGUACACAUAUACGUAUCACGAUAGGAUUUUUUUUUUACUGUAUAUUGAAAAGCAAAGAUUCCCCCUCCAAAAUCAUAAUAAUUUGGCCGGAAUAUAAAUUGGCAGUAAGUGUAUUCAUUUGUUUGUAAAUGUCCUUUGUAAAGAAAAAAAACAAAAACAAGUGAACUUGUAAAAAAAAAAAAAAAGAAUUUAAGGUUUGAAUAGAUUUGGUUUGUUUGAAUUAAGAUUGAUUUUAAAUUUUAAUCAAUUUACUAGUAUAGGCAAGAAACUAAGGUUUGAAAGAGGGGUGGGGGGUUACAAUGCUUAGGGCUGGUCAAUGAAAUGUACUGGAGUUUUAUUAUAUACCAGUAUACUAGUAUCACUGCUCUGUAUUGUGAAAUUAAUAAAAUAAUUUCAGUGUUUACUGUUUGAAAAAGGUUCAGUAGAAAUGACAUCACUAUAAAUCUGUGACUACAGUGUACAUUGAGUUAACAUUAAGAGGUUUGUGACAUGUUUAGGGUUUACUAUUUUAAUACUUUUAGUCUCUAUUAACAUGAUUAAUUUGUUAUUGUGGGGUGUUAUAUUUACUUAACACUUUUAUCAUUAUUUUAUGUAGAGGUUACUGAUGUUAUUCAUUUGCCUGUGUUGUUUUAUGAACCUAUAAUGAGAGACUUAAGGAUUGGUGGUCCCCUGCUUACACCAGGGAGUGAAAUCUAUGGGAAUAGAAAGCAUCUCCUCAUAAAAGAUUUAAAUACUGUAAAUCACUUUUAAUUCGAGAGGAUGUUAUUUUCGUGUAAUUAUGCAAUAUGGUCUACACAGGAAAAUUUUAUUCUUACAUAUAUUUUUAUAAUCAAUGGAUAUAUUCAGUGAUUCCUGACAAUUUAAACACACUUACCUGGUAUAUUUACCUAUCUCUAACAAAAAUGAGAUGUCAUGGAAAUUAAGUGAUCUACAGCAUGUACAGUAGCUAUCAGAAUUUAUUUGUUUAAUAGCCUUCACUUCUCACCGUGGUUAUAGCACAGCUAUAAAUGUUGUACAAGAUGUACAAACUUGGGGAUGUUUGUCAAUUCUUUGCUCGUUGUCUAAUUUUUGUUUUUACUCUUAUCAAUUUCAGGUACUCUCAUGUCCAUUCAAUUCAAGAAAUAAAAAUGUUACAUUUUUUAAUUCAUCUUCUCCAAGUUCUAUUGAAAAGAUAUACAAAAUUAUAUUAUUUAUAUACAAAAAUGCUCACUAGAUGGGAAAAUAAUUUUAUUUUUAAAGGACCACUGAAUUUCAGAAAUAUUUUAUUUCCCUUCUCUCUCUGUUUUGAACAGUUAAAAAUGUUAAAUUCAAUUUCAUAAUAAGUUUUCAAGUCAGUAUAACAGGGUAAUGUUUGGAUUAAUUUUUUUUUCAAAUUGCAUGAUUUAUUAAUAUGGAGUGAUGGUUAAAUUUCAUUGUGUAUUUAACGCUUAUUUGUUGACAUUUUUUACAUUUAUACUUUAUCUAUUUUCUGUAUAUCUGUGAAAUGUCAAGUGCUCCUGACCUUCGUAUUGUGUCAGCAAAAUUCCUGUACCAUUUUACUGAUGGUUCAUUAUGUAUAAUCAUUAUAAAUAAAUCAGGUAUAUUCAUUUA